AGCCAUUUUGGCCUUAUUCAUGCUUCCAAAGAGAAGGCAAACAUGGGCGCGUGUACCAGCGUGCCCCGAAUCAGCCAUGUAAAUCACGAGCUUUCGGGGGUAACCAAGAAACAGCAGUCUGAAUGCGUGCAGGUAAGCAAGAGUCGCAGCAUUCACGAGGCUUACAGCUUCAGGGACACGCAGAAGCUCGGCCAGGGUGGCUACGGUGCAGUGUAUCGUGCGACCCAGCGCGCCACGGGCACGGAGCGCGCCGUGAAACGCAUGAGCAGUCGAACCCCUCAUCAGUCGUCCCGUUGCAUGCGAGAGGUCUCGAUCAUGAAUGCUGUAGACCAUCCCAACAUCGUCAAAUUAGUCGAGACCUUCCAGGACAGCAGGAACACAUACCUCGUGGUGGAACUGUGCAGAGGUGGGGACUUGUUGUCCAGGAUGGUUGCGUAUGGCGGGUCGUUCUCAGAGCAGAAUACGGCGAUGGUACUCCAGCAGAUCUUUCGAGGCACGCUCUAUCUGCACCAGUGUUCGAUUGCCCACAGGGACCUGAAGCCGGAUAACCUGCUUUUUGCGAAUGACGUCCCCGUGCAUGGCAAUACCGUAAAGAUCAUCGACUUUGGCCUUGCACGUACGUGCAACGAAGGGCAGAUACUCAUGACGAAGGUGGGGACGCCGAUCUACGUGGCGCCCGAGGUGCUGGCGGGCAGGGGCUACGACAAGCAGUGCGACAACUGGAGCACGGGCAUCGUCGCCCACGUGCUCCUGUGUGGCUACCCGCCGUUCCGGGGCAGAUCCGACGAGAGCAUACUGAGAAAGGUGGCGAGGGGGCGCAUCGACUUCGUGCCGAAGCACUGGGCGCGCGUGUCCCCGAGCGCCCAGGCGCUCGUCUCGAGGCUGCUGUCCCCCGACCCGUGGAGGAGGCCGACGGCUGCGCUGGCCCUCCGGGACGACUGGCUGCGGCACGGGGCAGAGGCAGACGCGGAGAGGGCCAUCCUGGCGGCGCGCACCAGGGAGGUGAGCGGGGGCGAGGACGCGCCGCCCGUCAUCCCCUGCGGCCUCGUGGAGAACCUGCGCAGGUUCCGGUCGCGCGACGUGUUCUCGAAGGCGGUGCUCCACGUGGUGGCCGGGCUGCUGGACGACGCCGAGGUCUGCCCCCUCCGCAGCGCCUUCCUGGCGCUGGACGUCGACGGGGACGGGCGGCUCUCCCCCACCGAGCUGCGCGCGGGCCUCGCGCGGAGCGGCCUCGGGGACCUCUCGGAGCGGGAGCUGCGGGAGAUCCUGGACGGCGUGGACGUCAACGGCAACGGCACCAUCGAGUACACCGAGUUCUUGGCGUCCACGGUUGACAUGAGCAAGUGCUGGGAGGAGGGCAUGUGCCAGCACGUCUUCGACGUCUUCGACUGGGACGGCGACGGGCGCAUCUCCCGGCAGGACCUCAUCUCCGUCGUGCAGAACCGUCGCCUGUCCGAGGCCAUGGGCGUCGAGAGUCAGGCCAUUGUCGACGCACUCGACAGCAGCGGCGACGUGAAUCUCAACCUCACCGAGUUUAAGAGGAUGGUGUCUAGAUGACCACACAGUUCUCGCGAACUGCCAAUAUUGAAAACGGCGCCGUGAACGUAUUUGCUGCAUGGGCCUGCAGCUCAGCAGCAGUGAGCACAGGUGUCGACCAAAACGCGGUUUAAGACCACCUCGUGGGCAGUUUGAGUUUGCUUCCGUUUCCACUCUAUUCUCCUGCUGUGGGUUACAGGGAGCCGAUCGCGAUUCCAGAGGUGCACAAGAGUUAUUUUUUGUUGUAAUUUCAUUUUCUGCUGAAGUUUCGAACAAAAACACGCAACAUGCUGUUUCGGUCGACCCCAGCACGUUCACGCAUCCUGAUGGCCGUUUCAGGAUGGACCUCAAGUGAAUCUAUGAAGGACUGCAUGCUGUUAUUCUACAGGUGUAUGAGUUUCUCCCUAUCUGGUGUUCUUCACAGAAGUAGUGGAAUUACGAUUGACAUCCCCGGAUAAUCAUUGACUGCGGUUUAUUGUUCCGGAAUGAUAAUGGAGGCGGGGUGGGGGGCUGCUUUUCAAAGUGCGUUUUGUAAUAUUCAACCCUGGCUAAUCAUUCCGACAUCUUGAAUUUCGAUUCAUUUCUGCGGAAUGGUAAGAAUUGAGCCAGGGAGGGAGGGUCACCGAUCGAUCCGCCAUGCAAUAAUCAAUUGGGGUCUUCAUCUCAACAAGAUCAUUCGAGGUCCAUCGUCCCGUGACAUUGCUUUUUCUAUGUUCCCUCGAAAGUGUAAUCUUAUUU